UCCUCUCUUGGCGUCACUCAAGCAUAAGACUCCUGAGUCUGGCAGUCGCAUUCCCUCAGGCUACGUAGACGCCACCCUCUGUCCCUGCUCCUCGCCUCUUACUACACCCUACCUUCACCUGCUCACCCUGGGCUAUGUACCGUCCAUAUAGUGUUGUGUUGACAAGCACUUGAUAGUGUGUGUGUACACUACGUGCGAGCCUACACGAGUGUGAAACAAACUAAGUGCAGCAGGACAGCGUGAGAGUUCUUCAAGGUUAAGGACAAAGCAUAGAGACGAUCAGUGGGUGAGAAGAAACUUUGGUUAACUAGUGAACGAUGGUUUAUUCUCGGUUGUUUUAAGCGGUUGCUAACAGUUCGUGUCCUGGUAAUCUCAGUGUGGACUGAGUUUUGUUGGUGCUUCCAAACCACUCUGUCGACCUGUGAAUCUUGUCUAACUGGAAUAAUAUAGUGUGAAUCACGUGCUACAUGAUGGCCAUGUCCCCACUGAACGCAGGAAGUCCUUCCGAGGCUCUCAAACGAAAGUCCCCCAGUGUCACAGAAGGGGUGGUGCUCUCACUGAGAAAGCACCAAGUUACCUCGCCCAUCUCCCUCACCACCUCCAACACUACCCAAGUCUUCUCCGUCAUUGAGGGACAGAUUAUGCACGAUGUCGACGAUGUUUGUGAUGAUGUUGUAGACGAUGUUGUUGAUGAUGUGGUCGACGACGCCGAUGACGAGGAACGCGUGGGCGGCCACCCGUCCAGCCUGGGACCAAUCACUAGCAUCGGGGGCGUGGGCGGGUCGGCGUCCUUUGCCUCUACGCCCAGGAUACACACGCCCACGACCGACUUCCAGCCGCCCUACUUUCCGCCCCCAUACCUGGGUACAGAAAACCAGAUGACGACACACCACCCAGCUGCCGACCCCUACCAGCUGCACUCCUUGCCAGCCAACUACACCACCUACACGUCAGCGACGCUUCAAAACAGACACGAGGUGCAGCGGAGGGAUGACCCGCUCCACGUCGUAAGUAGUAGCGGUCAGGUGGGUCUUUACGACAGAAGCUACGCUAGUGUGGACCGGGCGGGCGCCGUCUUGAUGGGCGCGGCGAGACACGAAGACAUCAUCCUUAGCAACACCAUCCAUCCCCACGCCAUAGAAGAACCGGUGCAGGCAAAACGAGCGAUUGCUAGUCAACAGUUCGCCGAGCGUGGCCUCUUUCUUGAAGGUGUGCUAGAGUCGGACACAGGCUUCACUGGUGAUAUCUUUAAGCACGAUGGUUUCGACCCCCACCACCUACCCCUACUUCGUGCUCCUGGCUGCCUGACGGCGUGUGUUGCAGGCAAGAUGGGAGAACACAUGAUGAAGGAGAACCUGCUAGGGCCAGCAAUACCCACGGACGUGUUCUGCUCGGUGCCCGGCCGCCUCUCCCUCCUCUCUUCCAACUCCAAGUAUAAAGUGACGGUGGCGGAGGUCCAGCGGCGACUCUCCCCGCCAGAGUGUCUCAACGCCUCCAUCUUGGGGGGCAUCCUUCGUAGAGCCAAAAGCAAGAACGGAGGGCGUAUACUACGAGACAAGUUGGAGAAGAUCGGUCUCAACUUGCCUGCGGGGCGAAGGAAGGCUGCCAACGUUACCUUGCUAACCUCACUCGUUGAAGGCGAGGCCAUCCACCUGGCACGAGAUUUUGGGUACGUGUGUGAGACAGAGUUCCCAGCCCGGCAGAUAGCAGAGUACUUGUGUCGUCAACACUCCGACCCAGCAGAACAGUACCGACGCAAGGACCUCAUUCUCGCUACCAAGCAAAUUACCAAAGAACUGAUGGACCUGUUGAACCAAGACAGGUCGCCGCUGUGCAACACUCGGCCGCAGAUAAUCCUGGAGCCAUCCAUCCAGCGACACCUCACACAUUUCUCUCUCAUUACUCACGGCUUCGGCUCCCCAGCCAUCGUAGCCGCGCUCACAGCUAUUCAGAAUUUCUUGACGGAGUCUCUGAAGCACCUCGAGAAGUCCUUUCCCUCCUCCAACUCCCAUCUCACCGUUACACCCUCCAUAGAUCUCAAGAACAAGGAUAUGGACAAGAAAUAACGGUGUGGCCAAGUAUCUCACUUCUUCCCCUCCACCUACACCACCGCCAGCCAGCCACUGAGAGUCAGACGCUAUGAGACAUUCCUCAGUUUAUGUUAUGGCUUGUAAAGAUGCAAACUGAGCUACAGUCUGCUAUUAUAAAACCUGUGUGAUCUUCAAUUAUGCAUCAUUUUUAUUUGAAGGAAUCGUAACUUCCCUUGAAGACUCGCUGCCGACACAUAAUCGGACAUAGUUUGUCAUGACUUGGUGAGCUUGGACUGACGGUUUGUUUUGUAAAUAGAACUUCAUAAUAUUUUAAGGUUGCUACAUGGCUGUCAUGGAGCUAGCUGUGUACUGAUGGCAGCAAAAGUGCAAUAAUGCACAAGAGAUAGUGCAUAAUACUCAGCUUUGUGGAAACUUGUUGAAAAAAUAAAGACUAUAGAAGUGAUUUCUGGGAAAUUUAUUUAAGUAAUUUUACCUCUUCUAAGAGGUUUAAUGAAUCUCACAAUCAGUAGAAGAUUAUAAGUGUAGCUGCUAAGGUUUGUACAAAUGCCAUAUUGCCAUAUUUUAUUUUGACUGUUAAGGUUAUUAAACACCCACUAUUCACAACUGCAGUUUAGAGAAAUUUAGUUUGCGGAUAUUUGGAUACAAAGCGAGACGGUGUUCAGCUAUUUCAUGUGCCACUCACGAUACCCAGAUUGAAAUUCUAUUGUGAUCUACCAUUUAACAGUAUUGUUUACAGAAUACUUUGUUUUGUAUCUAGUAAGUAGCCAAACUUUGUACGUUAGUAGUGUCAGGGUGGAUAACCCUCAGAGGUUUUUCACAUCCCAAACAUAUCUGCCAAAACAAUGUACCAAGUGCAAUCUCUUGGCGAUGUGAUUUAUAAACUAGGCAAAUGGGCGCUUUUGGGAUAAACUGACUAUGACAAUGAGGCCAUGCAAACCUCUGUAGAUGUAAUAUUUUGUUGUUGGUUACCCAAGUCGACCCAUGUUUUGUACAGUGUAGAAAGUACCUACAGACUUUUAUUUCUCUGGAUGGGACUCUCUCACCUAACCUCUUGGCUGGGAGUAGUAUAGCGUUAAUCUUACAUAGGUGAUAGGAGCCAAGCCUCUCACAGACACGAGUUUCCAGGUGUCCAAUAGGCAUGACAAACGUUGUAUAAAUUUCACUCUCUCAACUACGUGAUAUUCUCAAAAUGUUUCUAGCUCUUUCUUUUGUCUUACUCUACAGUUUUGUUAUUGAGAUGUGAAUGGUACAUGAUCUCUCAAAAGUGAUCUGCAUCUUUACCCCCCCCCCCCAAGUACAAUCAAGGGCGUGAAAUUAACUCGCCUGUAUUUAUAAGCUGCUUCAGCUCUGUUUUCCUGUACAAUUUUUUUGCUUGUAUUGUUUUACAUUCCUUAUCAUAUCACUGCUUAGUAUCAGUAUUUAGGUUCACUAGUCUUGCUAAUUGUUCCUUUAUAUUCCUCUUAACAUAGGAAAUUCUUGGUUUGAUUGUGACUUGCUAGGUUCUUUGAAUGUUUAUUUAGAAGGACAGUACUUCAGUAUAUCUUCAAAGACAUUUUUGAAGACUGUUUUAUUCUCAUUUUCUGUUAUAUCCCAGAAUAGGGGUGUUAUACCUUCACUGUGAUCUUCUAAGAACUCAGUGAUAUCAAAAAUAUUUUUCUAUUUUUCUCUUGAACACAAGUGAACAUUGUGAUGUAUGGAUGUAAUGUAUGUAUGUAAUUGGUCCAAUAGGUCAUAAUAAAGUAUGUGUUGCCAUGAGUGUAUCUAAAUGUGGCAGAUACAACUAUUUUGGAUUCUGGGUGUUUUAAUUUUUUAUAUUACAAUAAAUUCACAUUUUAGUAACACCCAGGAUCCCUAAUUAAUAUUUGUCACAUUUUCUUGAAUCUGUUAUGAAUCUGACUUGGAGGUUUACUUUGGGUCAUUGUGACAGUAACCUAUUUGUUUAUAUUCUGUGCUUUGAAUAUUCAGAUUCUCAAUAAAGACAGCAAGGGCUCUGGGUAAGAUGCAGCCAAGCAAAACCUCAUAUCAAGACGACCUAGGGUCCUAGUUUAUUCUUAUUCCAUUUUACUCCCUGCCCUUUCCAAAUGUCUGCAAAUAUGGCGUUGCUCAGACAACUUUCUUCUACAAAAGAAAGAAUUUUUUUUGUUGCCCAAUUUCAUGUAAUGUUAUAUUAUUAAAUAAGGUAUUUUAUACUGUGCUACCCCAGUGGCACAUGUUCUCCACAACCUGGUUGUUUUGUGUAUUCCUCCAUAAUGGACGGUACCAUCGUGUUGUAUAGUUUAUCUGUCAACUUGAAAUAAUUUUAAUGCUAAAGGAUGCCAUAUGUAGAAUAAUAAUAAAAAUCUUAACAAGA